CCGUCUUCAAGUCAUCAUCUCCACAAGCCCUGAUUCCUGCGCAGAAAUACUGAAUAAGUGAAAGUAAAGCAGAUUUCACAGUUGUCAUCCACAGCUUGUUUCAACAACCUGCCACGAAAAAGGUGUGACUAUGAAGGGGAAAGGACCGAAUAGGGAAUCUUCAUCCUCUAAAUUGGAUUCCCAGGAACCCAGAAUGGACAUCAAGUCCAUCCUCAAAGAUAUUGAAUUUUUGGGUUCCUCACACAUGACAUGGAAACAGAAAAAGAACUUGGAGAUUAAGAAGGUUGUGUCACUCGGCGGAAAGCCUCCAAAGAAACAGAGGUUACCUCUUAGUGUUGCUAGAGUUUCAAUGAAGAAUCAAAAGGAUAGAGAAGAGAAACUGCUUCAAGAGAGAGCUAUUCUAGGAAGGUUUGGAGCCUACAGUAGCAGUAGUUCCAAGAAGGUGCCAGAGAGGAAACUAGCAGAGGACAGGAUUCUGAAGUCUAUGCAAGGCGAUUUCAGAAAGGGGGUUCUCAACGUCGGGCAUCUGUUGAAGCCCUCGGCCCCUGAAGCCUCUAACGACAAGGGCAGGCACCCUACGGGUAAAGGGAAGAAGAAGAAAGAUGGCAAGAAAAGUCACGGCAAGAGAAAGGGUGGUGGUGGUGGUGGUGGUGGUAAGAGGCGUCACUAG